UUGACACCAGCCCCUUACGCAGCCCUCGCCGGACACACGCUCCAUUCAUCCUUGCGUCUUUAUUUACCGGUGUACGCGACUGGCGUCGUGUGUUUGAAGUGGUCUUCAGACAGGCAUGUCAGGCUCGACUUCCCCGCCUCCUUCGGCGGAGGCUGUGCGAACCGAGGGGUAUUUUCCCCCCGGGUAUAAGCCCUUCAAGCCCGAGGAGCACGGCCUGGAGCGCGGGUUCCGUCUCACAGCCUUUUCGGACCUAAAGGGAUGAGGCUGCAAGGUCCCGCAGGAGGCUCUGCUCAAACUCCUGGCGGGACUGGAGCCGGACCGGGCCGACGGGACAGGGAAGGCCGGAGACCAAGCAUCGGAGUUUGGCCAACAGUUGCCCGGCCCCCGACUCGGUGUAGGAAUGGACUGCUGUGUGAUUCCCCUGCGACAUGGAGGACUCUCACUGGUCCAGACCACAGACUUCUUCUACCCCCUGGUGGAGGAUCCCUACAUGAUGGGCAGGAUAGCAUGUGCUAAUGUCCUCAGUGAUCUCUACGCCAUGGGCAUCACCGAGUGUGACAACAUGCUGAUGCUGUUGAGCGUCAGCCAGAAGAUGAAUGACAAGGACCGUGAGCGUGUGAUGCCGCUGAUGAUUCAAGGGUUUCGAGACGCAGCAGAGGAGGGAGGAACAUCUGUGACAGGCGGCCAGACUGUGAUCAACCCCUGGAUCAUCAUCGGGGGAGUAGCAUCAGUGGUCUGCCAGCCUAACGAGUUCAUCAUGCCGGAUGGCGCUGUACCAGGUGAUGUCUUGGUUCUGACUAAACCUCUGGGGACACAGGUGGCUGUGAACGCUCACCAGUGGCUCGAUCAGCCUGAAAGGUGGAACAAGAUCAAGCUUGUUGUCACCAAAGAGGAAGUUAAGGAGGCCUAUCAAGAAGCCAUGUUCUCCAUGGCAACACUAAACCGCACAGCGGCAGGCCUAAUGCACAAGUUCCAAGCCCACGCUGCAACGGACGUGACAGGCUUUGGGUUGCUGGGGCACGCCAACAACCUGGCGGCACAGCAACGAAACGAGGUGGCCUUUGUCAUCCACAACCUUCCAAUCAUAGCCAAGAUGACGGCCAUCAGUAAAGCCUGUGGAAACAUGUUCAGCCUGGUUCAGGGGAGAUCAGCUGAGACUUCAGGUGGUCUGCUGGUGUGUCUGCCCAGAGAGCAGGCGGCUAAGUUUUGCUCAGAGAUGAAGAGCCAGAGCUCCGGAGCUGGAGGUCAGGGGGCGGCGGGUGGAGCGUGGAUAAUCGGAAUUGUGGAGAAAGGUGACCGCCACGCUCGCAUCAUUGACAAGCCCCGCAUUAUCGAGGUUCCGCCACGAGGAAGCCAGGCAGCCAAUCAGGACAACAGCUCCACCAGCCCUGCUCCCAGCCCCAAUUUGUCAUAGACACUGCGGCUUCUCUGACACUGGUCCAUCAGGUGGUGUGUGUGUGAGUGUGAGUGUGAGUGUGAGUGUGUGCGUGUCGUGUUGCUGUCCAUCUCGUCGCCCUUUUCAGUCAAAAUUUUGAGAGCACACAGACCACAAUCACUGUCAUCUUUUCCAGUGGGAGAAGGAAUGGACAGCAUGCACUGUUAUUUAUCCAUAUUUGGAAGGAGCUGAUUAAAGAAGCGUACCUUUCACCAUUUUGGAAUGAAAUGCAAUUGAGAUGUAAAUUCAGGGUAGUAUGCUGUACUGCACUCCUCACCUUUUCUUUUUCCCCUCUCCUAAUCCAUACACUUCAUUGACUUUAUAUACUAAAAAAAAAAAGUCUUUGGAAAUAAUUCUUGAGAGAAAACAUUCCACAUCUAUUUUGCCAAAUUCAGCAAAAAAUGAAAAUUGUGUAAUUGAGAAAAUGUGUGUGUGUGUGUGUAUAUUUUAUCAUUUGACUGGGGUGCUUUGCUGUGGGGGCGUGGGGUGGAGGUUUAUCUUCACUGUUUAUUUUUUGAAGUGGAUGAUGUCAAUGUCUCAUGUUGGUGAAUGUAUCGUGGAAAAGAAAUAGUUCAUCGGCCCUGGCACCUGGCUCUGCCCACACGGUCCAGAGGAAGGCUUGAGCAGCUUCCUUUGGACCAGCUGGGCGGUGUUCAGACUGUCCGUCUCUGUCAGCUGAUUGACCGUCCAGCACCAAGUCCCUCCCACCCUUCCUUUUUAUGAAGCUCUGCCUUUGAAACCCCGGCCAGCGGGGGUAGGUGGAGUGGAUGUUUGCCUUUGGAUCGGGGUUGGACUCCGACUGCUGGAGGUCUGAAGCUGUGUUUGUAGAUUUCCUUUCCUCAAUCAAUAAAACCAUCAUCAACUCUGA